GCUACGUAUAUUGUGGGAUGCGUAAACAAAAUUAAAUUAAAUUUAUUUUAAUUAGUUUUAUAGAGUUUAUCAGGAUAAAAUAUAUAGCUUUUCUGUGUACUCAAGAAUUUAGCCAUUUAUUUAUCAUAGAAUUGUUGUAUCUUUAAGAUACAAAACUGUUACAAAUGUCAUGAAGAAGACGUGGAUAAAACGCGAAAAUAUUUAUUACAAGCCGUUUUACAAACAAAAAUCAAAACUUCUGUUACUAGGAAUUUUUUUGUUAGGUAUUAUCUUUUUUACAUACCAAGCGUUAACCAUCAAUAAAUUGCCAAAUUCGAGCACACCAUGGAGUUUAGAAAAUACAAUGCAAGAUUUAAAGAAAACGCAUAAGCAACUUGUUCUUUCACUAGGUAAGAAGGAAUCUGAUAGCUUUGAUUCUCAUAAUCUUGUUGACGAUGCAGAUCAAAUAAAAAUUAUAAGAGGUAUACGACUUUUCGAUUAUGACGCGUAUAAACCAAAUUUUGAAGGAAAAUUCAGAUGUCUUGAUGGAAGCAUAGAUAUUCCAUUUGACAGAGUAAAUGAUGAUUAUUGUGACUGUGAGAAAGAUGGCAGCGAUGAACCAAGUACAAAUGCUUGCAAUGCAGGGCGCUUUUAUUGCAAGUAUCAAAAACGUCAUAUCACUGGCAGAGGACUCGAUGUUUUCGUGCCAAGCAGCAGGGUGAACGAUGGAGUUUGUGAUUGUUGUGAUGGAAGUGAUGAAUGGAUAAUUGCCAAGUGUAAGAACAAAUGUACAUAAUUUUCAAAAUUAUUUUCAUUUUUUACUAGUACAUUUGUUGAAAUGUAUAAUGAUUAUGAAAUGAAGGCUACAAUAACAUAGCCUGCAAAAAUUAACUUUUUUCCCUAAAUUCUUAAUUUUUACAU